AUGAUGGGGGCGGGGGCGGCGGGGGCGGUUACACGAUCCGCAGGAAAAGGAAAGGAAACGGGAAAGGAACGAAGCCAGGAGCCGGGCCUCCCGGGAAGACCAAGCCGGAGAACAACGGCAGGGCCGCGCGUCCGGCCCGCGCUCGGCCAGGUCACAAUGACAGCUCGGAACCCGGCCUGCCGGCCCGCGCUGCACGCAGCUCGGCGACCCCGGCCCCCGCGCUCAGCCCACCGCGGCACGACGGCCCGGGUCGGGCUAAGAGGCGGGGGCUCCCCCAGGGCCCACGCUUCCCGGGGCCUCCGGACGGCCGAGGGCUCCAGCGCUGACCCUCCCCAGCCCCGCGUACCUGGAUGCGCGGCGCCCGAGGCCGGAGGUGGCUGCGCGGGGACGCGGGCACGGCGGGCGAGCGGUCCCGCACUGCAGCGGCGCCGCCCUCCGCCCGCCCCCGCGCCGCGCCGCGCGGUCCACCCUCCUACCGGCCCACCCCCACCCCCCUCUCCCCGCCGCCGAGAUCUCCCGCCUGGGCAAACUACUCUUGCCCCCGCUCCCCCUCCCGUCCCCGCCUCCUCGCCCUCACCCCAGACAUGCAGGCUGACAAGCCCCACGUCUGACAGACCGACACACAUCAGUGCGCUGCUGCGCUGCCAGGAGGGCCACCACGACCGCCCCCACGCGCCCGCCUCACACCUCCACCCCCCACUGGAGGCUCGAUUACCCAGAUUGCCCAUCUGCCUCGGGGGUUAUGGCGAGCACCGCCCCCCCCAAUCUGGGUGUCACCUCUGGGUCACAGGGCCUGCACUGCAUUUUGCCCCCAUUCUGCCUGGGUAG